AUGUCUUCCGGCCUCACCUACCUCAUCACCGGCGCAAACCGCGGCCUCGGCCUCGGCCUCGUGUCCCUCUUGAUCCAGCGCCCCGCCACGACCAUCGUCGCCGCCGUCCGCGACCCGUCGAGCGCGUCCUCCAAGGCCCUCGCCGACCUGCCCAAGGGCGAGGGCUCCAGGGUCGUCGUCGUCAAGAUGGACAUCUCGGUCGAGUCCGACCCGGCGUCGGCCAUCUCGGUCCUCCGGGAGGAGCACGGCAUCACCGCCCUCGACGUGGUCAUCGCCAACGCCGGCAUCUCCUACGGCACCGCCAGGGUCGCCGACGUGGACUUCAAGACGGCGCUGGACCACUUCGCCGUCAACUCGGUCGCGCCGGCGGUGCUCUUCAAGGCCGCCGAGCCGCUCCUCAAGGCCAGCGCGAGCGGAAACCCCGUGUUCGUCGGCAUGUCCUCGCUGAUGGGGAGCAACGGCGCGGCCGGGGCCAUCGCGCGGAUGCCCGUGGGCGUCAGCCCGUACGGCGCCAGCAAGGCGGCCCUGAGCUGGUUCGUGCGGAGGCUUAGCUUCGAGGAGCCGUGGCUGACGGCCUUCGUGUUCCACCCGGGCCUGGUGGAGACGGACAUGGCCUUCGAGCUGGCGGGCAAGUCCGGCGCCGACCUCAAAGCCUUCGGCUCCAUCACCGUGAAGCAGAGCGUCGAGGGCAUGGUAGCCACCAUCGACAAGGCGAACAAGGAGAUUACCGGCUCGUUCAAGAACUACGACGGCACUGGUCUGCCUUGGUGA